AUGCAAGGUGUCUGUGUGGGACUGCUCCUUUUCAGUGUGGCCUGGGCAGCAGCAACAUUUCAACCACAGACGGAGAAAACUAAGCAAGGGUGUGUGGAAGAACAGCCGAUAAUGUACAAGGGUCACCAUGAGAAACAUAGGUAUUAUAUUUUUAAGGAUGUUUAUACAUCACCUGGGAAGGAAAAUUAAACUGACGGUUAGCUGAAUCAGGAAGAAAAAAACAGACACAAUAUCACUCUUCAUCAUUCUGAUACCGGAAGAAAUCAAGAGCCAUUGCCUAAAGAAAAUACUGCCCAGGAAAGAAAGAAAAAUGUGUCCCUUUCUGAAUCCAAUGAAAAUAACCAAAGUAGUAAACCCUCAAGUCUCCUUGCACAUAGACAGACACUGAAGGAAGACUACAGUAUCACUAACAAAGAGAAUGUCCACAAUGACCUAAAGAUGUCCAUGUAUCUCGAGUCACCUGGGAAUAAUGAAGCUGACAAUGGGGAUGAUGCUGUCAUCAAACUCCAUGACCAAGAGGAAUAUAGCGCAGCUCUCAUCAGAAAAAACACGCAGCCUGUAAAGGGGCCAGUGGCUGUGAUGAAACUCUUAGGGGAAGCAAACAAAAAGAACAAACCUAGGAAUGUUCUACACAGGAUUGCAGCAGGUGUGAACUAUGCUACAGCCCACUCAAAAGAUAAAAAGAAUCCUCAAAGACAUUCCCAAGUCCAGAAUAGUCCAGUAAAAGCCAAAAGCAGUCAUCAUAUCCAACAUAACACUGGCUCCCUGAAACAUCCCUCAAAAGUCAAAAAGAUCCCCAGUGAUUUUGAAGGCAGUGGUUACUCAGAUCUUCAAGGAAGAGGAGACAAUGAUAUCUCUUCUUUCAGUGGAGACGGCCAACCUUUUCAGGACAUUCCUGGUAAAGGAGGAGCCAUUGGUCCUGACCUGGAAGGUAUGGAUAUUCAAACCAGGGUUUCAGGCACAGGGGAAGCUGAGACUCUCACUCCUGACACAAGAGGGCCAGGUCAUAAUGAGAUCCCAGAGAGAGAAGAAAAUGGCGGCAAUGCCAUUGGAACCAGGGAUCAAACAGCAAGACAGCCAGGUGCUGUUGAUGUCAGUCUUGUGGAGGGCAGUAACGACAUCAUAGGUAGUACCAACUUCAAGGAACUCCCUGGAAAAGAAGGAAACAGAGUGAGUGCUGGCAGCCAAAACGCUCACCAAGGGAGAAUAGAGUUUCAUUACCCUCAUACGCCCUCAAAGGAGAAACGAAAAGAAGGCAGUAGGGAUGUAACCGAAAGUUCCAAUUAUAAUGAAAUCCCUAAAAAUGGCAAAGGUAGUACUAGAAAGGGUACAGAACAUUCUAAUAGGAACCAAGCAGGUAUAAAUGGGAAACAAAGAUUUUCUAGUAAGGGCAAGAGUCAGGGCCAGUUCAUUCCUUCUCAUGGCCUUGAUAAUGAAGUUAAAAAUGAAAUAGGAUCCCGUUAUGGCCCGGAUACUGACAGGGAUAUAACACACAGCAGAAAGUAUCAUUAUGCACCCCACAGACCAAAUAAUUCUGUGAGAAAUAACGGUAUACCACAAAGGAAAGGCCCCAGGGGUUACAGAAGACCCCACUCCCACGGGGGGGUUAGCUGCCCUGGAAAGGAUAGUAGCAGUGAGUCAUCUGACAGUGGCAGUUCAAGUGAGAGUGACGGAGACUAG